AGAGCAUUCGAACACCGAUUCAGUGCACGAUCCAAAGAUCAUCGAGCUGUCCUUGUGGCACGAGGAGCAGGAAAUAGAACCGGAUCCAAUCCAACGGAAGAAUCCCUAGCCGCCCGAAACCGAACCGGACCAAAUCCAUUCCAACGCAUUUCCAUCCGUCGAACAGGCACAAUGUCCACAGGCACAACCUCAUCGCCCACACAAUGGCAUAGGCUUUCGAGUUUGUCAUCAACGUUGUCGGAACGCCCUAACCGAAGCCAAACGCCACAAUCCCGGGGGUACGCCGUUCGCAACCACAAGAGUGGAAGGGCCGGAACCAAGACUGCGAAGGGGAAUCAAGCAGCACACGCACGCGCACAGUCCAGUUUCACCCCACAGGACCGUGGUCUGCAGCAUGCGCUUUCGCUCACACAGUCUGCCCCCCCUCUCCACUUCUCUCAGCGUGAGAGGGAUCGGUCGGCCUACCGUUACAAUGGCCGGAACGAACGAGAACGGUUUGACCGACACCACCACCGAGGAUAUUCCAUCAGCGAGAACGAAGAGCAGCAGCAACUCCGCUACAACAGCCGAAACACGAAUGCUGCUACCAGCCAGUACGAAGGCAACAAUGUCCGCCGCACGAACGAGUAUCUUCGAACGGCUAGGAUCAACGACAAGAACAAGAACAACAGCAUCGACAUCGGCAACAACAGGGGACAGGGAUAUCAUUACGAUAGGGCUUCUUCGAACUUUGACAGGACGAGUAACGAUGGCGAGAGCAACAGGAACGAUGGGAAUGAACGCCACCACCAAGAAUAUAAGGGGAAAAUCAACUGUGGGGGGCACAGGAAUUUCGAAGGCGACUUCGACAAGAAUAAGAAACAAAACCCUCGUUUCGACAAUCACUGGAGGAGGCCCGCGAGCAAUACCGGCAGCUACUUCGACGACGGUCGACAGAGAUCUACGCAUGGUGAUGGCUCUCGCUGUCAGGGCAUGGAAUACGACUCCUUGGGUUCCAGAGAUCGUCGCGACAGCACGGGAGUGCCACGCUGGGGCAGGGAUAGAGGCUACCCCCCUGCGGUUGAAGAACCCCAAGAGCACCGCCACAACGAGUAUGGCCGAGAGCUAUAUCGCUCGCACCACCCACCAUAUUCACACCCACAGGUUUCCGCUGUGGAAAGAAGCGGCUAUGGCGAUGACAUGGAUAUCUAUCGUGCCAGACGCUCCGAGGGAGGAGGCGACAGGAGGAACAACAACGGCAACGACUAUCGCAGAAACAACAACGGCAUCGACAACGACCACCACGGCUAUCCUUCAAAUAUCGAAUACAGCGACAGAGACAAUGCGGGUCAUCAGCAUAGACAACAACACAAAUACCGCAACCACAAGCAGCCAUCGCCACAUCAACAAGAACCAUAUCUGCGUUGGUCGUCGUCGGAGCGUGGGGACGGUCGGUUUCCGUCUCAGAUGCACCAACGCCACAACGGAGAGUUCGAUUCCGAUGCCAAUGGCAGCGAGUACCACCACCGAAGCGCUCCGAAGGCGAGUGGCCCCGAGCGGGAUCGCCUCGGGCCCACACGCGGUAACCGAGAUGGGUCGUUCGAUCUCCCGGAUGCAGCACGCAUAGAUCGCGAGCGGUACCCUGGUGGAACCACCCACCGUGCAUCGAGGGGUUAUGUGCCCGGUGGCGACUCCGAGAAAGCUGCCGCCAGCGUAACUUCCGCGAGAAACACACCGUUGUCGCGGUCGCUGCGGGAGGGGGAUCUGGAACGGGGCACCGAGGUCGGUGCCAACGCCAGUGCCAACCGCAAGCGGCUCUGUUCCGAAACCGUUGGUGCCAACCGGGAUCUCGACGAGACGGUCAAGGCAUCCACCGAGGGUCCACCAAGCAUGAAACGACAGCGCGGGAUGGAUACCAAAUCACCAACAGGAUCCUUCAAAGCAAACCAAUCCAAGCAAGAAGGGCAACGAGCGACCGUCGAAUAUCAAACUAAAUCCACGAGGAUUCCGUCGUCGUCUGCACCAAAACAAAAAUCMUCAAGCACAUCUUUGGCAAAGGCAUCUUCCUCUUUGCCGUCCACGAAGACCGCGAAUUCGGCCAGUGCCAACGCCAGCGGAGCAAUUACGCUUCCUUGUAGCAAAGGAGGCGGCGUAAAACUACAAGGACUAGAGACCGAGGGUAAGCAACUAGAAGACCGAAAACCUACAUCAUCCUUGCCGAUUCCAAGUAGCACAAACACAGCGUUGACGAAACCCUCUCUCCCUUUAUUAUCGGCGAAGAGGAUCCAGCAGCAGAAGCAAGUGCCAGUACAGGCAAAAGUGACCAACAAACUCGGGAUUCCCAUGCGAUGGUUGAAACCCAAGGCGAAACCGAAACCGGCGAAAAAGGCCCUUCCACCGGCCCCACAGCCCCACAUGUCGAAAUCGGAGAAGAUUCCCCUGAAAUCAAGCAAAAAAGCAGCAGCAGCGACGAAUCAUCAUCAUCAGAAACCCUCGUCGCCCUUCAAUCGCCUUGUGACGGAUUCCUCGGUGGGCAGUAGCUCGAUCGUUUCGAAUCGAAACAACAGCAGUCCGAAGCUUUCGAAGUCGGCAUCAAAACACAAUAAUCCCGUGGAAGGCAAAGGAAGCAACAGUGUUCCGUCCGCCAUCGUGACAAAAAAGGCUAGGCCGAAAUCUCACAAAAAGGAAACGAUAUACGACCCAGCAGAAUUCGAGGAUGGCCCGGAGGAGGGAGACGAGGUGUGGGAUUCCGAUGCCGAGUCAGAGCCGGAGGAGAGCGAUAGUUCCGAAUCCGAUACCGACGACGAUGAGGUUCUCCAUUGGGCCUCGAAGGUGCUUGGCGUCCAGCCAGCAGUGUCUUCCCCUGUCACUUCCGAAUCCAAGAGCGAUUCACUGGUUCCAAACAACAUCAACAGCAGCAACAACAACGAUAAGAACGUUCCUUCCAAGCCGAAGUCACCGAAGAUAAAACUCCGUCUCUCGGCUGAAAUGAAAAUCAAGUUAAGUGAAUCAAUUAAGUCCAGCGCGGUGAACAAGAAAGAUUUGAGCGAGGAGGAUGGCAAGAAAAUAGAAGCUGCACUGAAGAAACUGGAGCGCAAGAAACGAAAGGACGAAAAGCUGAAGGCCCUGUCCGAAAAAAUAAGCGAGCGUCCGGAAUUUGAUCACGAAAAAGUGCGGCAGGAGAUAGAGGAAGAUCGUAGAAAGAGAGAAGAGGCUAAGCCCCUGACAGCAAAAGAAAUUAGAAGAAUUCUGCAGGAAGACAAUUCUUCUAAUAGAGGGGACCAAAGCAAUUGGGUUCGCAGAUCAAGGCGCCAGCCAAACAAAAAUCUGCUCAGAUCGAAAGGAGUUCGUUUCUUGGUAGACAAACUCAAGAAUAACGAUACCGACGUUCGUGUAUUAAAAAUGAAGAAAUACAUCAAUGAUCCAAACGUACCGGGUGCUGUCUUGGACGCUAUUUUAGGUGCUAUGGAGGAAAAUACCAAUUGCGAGGCGCUUUAUAUCCAGGUAAGGAACGAACACACUGUAAACUUAAGUAAGGAUCAGUGACGAUGGAUACGAUCGCUUACUUGGAAUAGUACCGUCACUCAUUCUCGAACUCACACCUUUUAUGAAACAGAACUUCAACGAAGGAAUGAGAGACCAGCAAGUUCUUCAUUUGCUUCGAAUUCUUCAGCAGUCAUCCUGCAAAAUAUGGUGUUUGAACAUUGGAGAGAACUACAAUGUGUCUGAUGAUACAUGGGAAAAAUUUACGAAGGGCUUGAUUCAUACGAAGAUCACACAUAUGUACGCAUCCGAGCAUACCAUUACAACCGAUAUGAAAGAUGAGAUUCGAUUUACGAUCAGGGAGAAUCGAAAAAAACACGACUUGCACAUCAAUCCAAACAAUCUUGAUGUGAUUAUUCAGUGCACACAUUGUUGGUGGAAUCCGAUCAAUGCAAAGGUUUUGAGACCUUAUCUGAAGAACAAGGGCUACGAACAUAUGCUGAGAGACAAGGAAGCGCAGGGACUCCAGGGCAGCUCAUCUAUGGCACCUUCGAAAUAACGAAAGUCAUGACUAAAGAACUGAAAAAAUACUUCCUAAGUUCUCCACUCCAUCAUUCGAAUUGUACAGCAUAAUACAUAAGAUAUAUAAAA